AUGUUCCAAGCGUCGCGCGAUUUGGUCAGGCAUGGAUCCGGUUGCGGGUACCUGCCCUGCAGCACCGCCAGCCGCGAGGAACGUUUUCUCAAGCAACAGACAAUUAUUCUCCCUCCCACCUUGGAUCGGGGUGCCGCCGCCGACAUCAUCAUGGUGUCCUGGCAUGUGCCGCUGUCAGGGGUCCUUCUAGCGCUCUGGCACGCAGCAGGUGCGGCUCGCGGCCACAGCGACGCCGACGCCGGCACAGGUGGCAGCUUCACCGCCUGUCGUGACGCCUGUCAAAAUUGCCUGCAAUCGGUGCGGUUCGACGACGCGGAUCCGACAAGCUCCCCGUCGGAGCAGUCGUGCCGCAGCCUCCUGGCUCUCUCCUCCCUCUACCUCUGCUGGAGCGUCCACUGCGGCGGGCACGAGGGCGCCAGCGAGGCCGUGGAAGCGUGGAACGCAACAUGCGUUGAGACGUACUCGACGUCGCUGCCGGCGUUGGACGACGUGCUGGCCAACUACACGGACGACGACGUGGCCCGCCUUCGCCAGCUGUCGAGAAACGACUCCCUCGUCGCUGGUCCGCCCUUGUCCGAGGCCGUCAUCCCUUCGUCGUCGCAUUUCCGCGUCUGGCACGAGACGCUCCUCGCCGUCGAAUACGUCGCUGGCUACCACGGCCUGUACGGCAUCGCCAUGCCGGCCUUUUGGGUUUGCGUCGUCGCCGUCGGCGUCGUGCACCGUCUCCUCAGCGCUCCGUCACGCUCCGACGGCGGUUGGGGGGGCGGCGUCGUCCUGCGGUCCGCCAACGCCUGGUUCUCGCGGACGCUGGCCAUCCCCAACACCUUUGGGCACAGGAGGAACGUUUGGGGCGAUUGGGGGACCAUGCCGCCACGGCUUCAGAGCCUCACCCUGCUCCUCUUCCUGAUCCUCAACGUGGCCUUGAGCAUGCACGGAUACCGCAUCAUCGAGGAAAACUACUACUUUCCGACGAGGACCAGGCAGGUGCUGCGUUACUUGUCGGACCGGACGGGCAUCCUCGCCUUCUUCAACUUCCCCGUCAUCUGGCUCUUUGGCAUGAGAAACGACGUUUGCUUGUGGCUCACGGGCUGGGACUUUGGCACCUACAACGCCUUCCACCGCUGGGUGGCUCGCAUCGCGACGGCGCAGGCUGUCGUCCAUUCCGUCUGCUACACCAUCCUGAUCUCGAUAGAGGGCGGUUGGUCCUAUUACCUCUCCUACUACGCGCUGGGCUGGUGGAACUAUGGCGUCAUCGCCACCGUGGCCAUGUCCCUGCUGCUGCCGCUGUCGUGGUGCUGGUUUCGACGGCACCACUACGAGACCUUCUUGGUGGUGCACAUGGCCCUCGGCCUCGUCCUCCUGCUCACCAUGCUCGGCCACGUGUCCAUCUUUGGCGGCCGAUACGAUGCCUUGUUCUACGUGCCGGCGUGCGUGUGGCUCCUCGACAGGGUCCUGCGCGCCUUUCGCGUCCUUUUCUUCCGCCGCGCAUGGUCGGUCGACGGGCUCGCCAGCUACGACGCCUCGGCCAACAUGGUCCGUCUCACCGUCCCCAUGGACGAGGCGGCGUACGAGGUCAAGGCGGGCACGUUCUUUUACCUCAUGCUGCUCGACUCCUCUCGUCCCUGGCAGUCGCACCCCUUCACCGUCGCCUCCGUUUCGGGCCGGCCGUCUCGCACGUCGCUCGGCGAGCAGGUGCCGCUGCUUGACCUCGAAGAGGUUGACGCCACGGACGCCGCCUCGGACGUGGACGGCGGAGAGGCAACGAGGCCGCACAUGACCUUCCUCAUCCGACCGUACGACGGCCUCACGAAGCAGCUCCGGCACUUGGCGGCGGCGACGGAAUGGUCCGCUCCGGUGCCGCUGCGCGUCCUGCUCGACGGCCCGUACGGGCGGACGCAAAAGCUCGAAGGCUACGACCUCGUCGUCUUCCUCGUCGGCGGAAGCGGUGUCGUCACGGCCCUGUCCUACCUGCCGACGCUGACGCAGGCCGACGGCGGACGACAGGUCCAGGUGCACCUCGUCGUUCGCGAGCCGGCGCUGGCCAAAGACGUCAUCCGGAGAGACAUGGGCGACGCUCUCGGCUGCGGAGGGCUCACGGUCGACGUCUACAUCUCGUCGCGAGCCGGUGUCGCGGCGGGCGGGACGCUGGCCGGCGUGCCCUCCAACGUUCGCCAGCACCUCGGGCGGCCGAAUGCCGACGAAGUGGUGAGGCGGGCGACGGCAAGCGUCGGCCGAGGCAGCCUGGCCGUCGUCGCCUCCGGACCGCAGAGGCUCCAGGACGAGGCACGAAGAGCGGUGGUGGAGGCGCUGGCUCGGAGCGCAAGCCGAAUCUCGUACUUUGAAGAAAGCUUUGCCUGGUGA